GUUGGGUACAAAAUUCGUUAGACAGAGGAAUACAAAGUCCAACGACCGCGAUUGGGAGAAUUACGAGUUAUCGUCGUACCUGUACCUACCUUGACAAGAUGGAAGAAGGAAAGAUCUACCUCCUCGUGAUAUCGAUUCUAGCCUUCGUCGCAUAUCGCGUCGUCCAAGGCGUCUAUAAUGUGUUCUUGCAUCCCCUAUCCAGGUUCCCAGGUCCGAGAGCGGCGGCCGCGACGAGCUGGUGGAAGACGUACGUCGAGGUCGUGAGGCAGGAGUCUAUGGUCCAUGUUUUGGUCGGGCUACACAAGGUGUAUGGCGAUAUUGUGCGCGUGGGUCCGAAUGAGCUUCAUUUUGCGAAUCCGGAGGCGUAUCAUGAUAUUUACCGUUCGGAGUUGAGGUGGGAUAAGGAGGCGAAGCUGUAUGAGUCUUUUGGGGAGGAUAGGUCGAGUUUUGGGUUGUUGAGGUAUGGGGAUGCGAAGCAGAGGAAGGAGGUUUUGCAGCCGUUGUUUUCGAGGAGGGCCAUUUUGGGGAUGCAGGAGUUGGUUGGGGAGAAGGUUGAUCAUCUCGUCCAAGUUCUGGUCAAGAAUCAGGCCGUUGGCAAGUCAUCUGACAUGCUCUUUGCACUUCGUUGCUUCACUGUCGAUAUGAUCCUCGAUUUCUGCUUCGCCAAAUCAGUCGAUGCUAUGGAUGAGCCGGACUUUGCUGCUCCGAUCGUUGUCGCGAUGGACAACUCGCUUCCGACUUUCCACAUGUUUCAUCACUUUCCCUGGUUCCGGAAGACGAUUCUCUCACUACCUCCAUGGCUUGCCCUCAAAGCAUCACCUGAGACUGCUGGCUUGACGCAGCUUCAAGUCAUUCUCGGUAAACAGGUGAAAGAUGUAACAACCAGUCCUUCCAUCCUCGAAGCAUCACCACAUCCAACCAUCUACCACCGCCUCCUCGAUCCCAAAGUACGCAACAGCAACCUGCUCUUCGAAGAUGGAGCGCUCUUCGACGAAGCUCUCACUAUGCUCUUCGCUGGCGGCGUCACAGUCGGCGAUACAUCCAUGACGGGCUUCUUCCACAUUCUCGACCAACCAACACUCUACUCGGCGCUGCGCUCCGAAGUUCUUAAAGCAUGGCCGAAUAUCAACAACCCACCAACACUUGAGGCUUUAGAAUCCCUUCCCCUCUUAACAGCAACAAUCAAAGAAUCUCUCCGGGUAGCACCAGGCGCCUGCUCACCACUCCUCCGCAUCGUACCUCCCACCGGCGCCACCAUCAACGGCACUUUCAUCCCAGCAUCCACCAUAGUCGGCAUGUCGUCCUUCUUCGUGCACCAAUCUGCUGCCAUAUUCUCGGACCCAGGAACCUUCAAUCCCUACCGUUGGAUUUCACCCGAUUCCUCCGGGCUGGAGAAAUGGUUAGUAGCAUUCAGCAAAGGACCAAGAAGCUGUCUGGGGAUGAAUCUUGCAUGGUGCGAGUUGUAUCUUUUGUAUGCGACGUUAUUGAGGAGGGUGGAGAUGAGGCUGGACGGGACGAAGAGGGAGGAUUUAGAGUGGAGGGAUUGUUUUACGCCGUUUUAUCCGGGGAGGCAUUUGAGGGUUUUUUGUGAGGGGGUGGAGAAGUGAAAUACAUAGGUGAAGAGGUGUGAUUAUGGAGAGGCUGUCAUUUAUGAGCAUUGAAGAGCAUUGAAGUGCGGGGUGCGGAUUCUCUGUAGCGCUGUUGCUGAUUUCUUGAGCUUUCCAUCAUCGUUUGCGGUUGG